UUCUGCAUACACAGGAUAAAAUUUGCUGGUUUGUUCUCCGUGUUUCUCUGAUAACGGAACGGCGUAAAAGAGCUGGAAGGAAAUCAGGACAAAGCCUUUGAACAGACCAGAGAAUAAAGAGUGCAUUUGUGUCCCCUCCGUUUCCAUUGACACACCUCAUUCUUCACUAUUCAGAUGGCAAACAUUCAUCCACUGGCAAACCUGCUUUCGCACCUACUCUUUCUAGGCCUUUUUGCAUUAUCUGUUACUAUCCCUCAGCAUUCAUUUAACCAAGCUCAGGCUGAACUAGGCAAAGACCUGGAGACCACCCCGGUCUCCCCAAUAGACAGCGAGCAGGGUUCCCCUACCGUUACGCAGUCAGAUCCUCUGACCCCUCUGGAAGGGACAGCUCCUACAGUAAAGCAAGCUCUUUACACGGACGUGAUGACCUCUACAAUACCCUCGCCAGGUUCCCAGGAAGGAAUGGCCUCGAAAGAAGGCCAAGCCGCAGGGGAAAGCCCUGCUUCUGGAACACCCGGAGAACGUUCUUCACGGCCUGUCGGUUCAAGAGACCAAGCUGGAGAAUCUCAAGGAAAACUUGCAUCUCGUGAAAGAUUAUCUGUAUUUGAGACACUAAAGCCUCAUUCCACACCUACAGAGCAGGCUAGUAUUGGGCCCAAACCAACCAGUUCAUACCCCACAGGAAACACAGCGACUGGAGUUACACAGUUGGCCACAACCCUUGAUGGGUCUGGCUCUGGAGAUGGCCCUGAGGAGGGCCUGAGGCGCAGCUUGGCUUCCAGUGAAGGUCCCAUGGAGAGGACUACAACUGCAGAGGACGACAGCAAAGAGCAAUAAAAAAGAGAAGUUGGAGAGCUCAUCGAUCUUACAGUUUUUUUGUCUAUUCUAAAAGAUCAAAUUGUAUGUGUUUGUUUGUAGGUUAACUGCACAAGAAAGUGACACAGCUCUGUUGGUUGUAAGUUGUAAACAUUCAAACAUCUGUGUCCAGAUUUGGAUUCUAUCUUGCUUUGAAGUGACCUUUCAGUUUUAACCUUACACCUGUUUAGUAACCUUCAAACUUCAAAAGUGCCAUUGCUUCAGUUAGGUCUAGAUUUUAGAUUUUACCUUCUUCCUACUAAAAUACUUGACAUUCUAUAGUGGUUUACUAUAUUUGGAAAUGAUAAGAUAAGAAAAGAGGUAUGCAUUUUUAUUAAAAUACACACACACAAUGUUCUAUUUGCCUCAAACAUUCCACAUAAUUCAACAGAAUUACUGAUAACACUUUAUUUGAACUUUUUGUCUUGAGAAAUAACAUGACCUUGUCAAAAAAAUAUGAGCGAGGCGUAUCCUAUAACUUGCCAUGAGUUUUUUUAUUUUUAUAGCAGUGGUGUCACAGUGGCAUGCCAUCAUUAUCAAUAAAUGUAAAUAAAAGUU